AUCGUGUUUGUUGCGCGCGCACGUAUAUCCAGUUGGGAUCGCGCGUCAAAAGUGUGUAUGUGAAUUUUGUGAUAAUGUUAUUGAACUAAUGGAGCACUUAGGGUAAAGUGAUUAUUGAGAAUUAAGUGAAUUGACCCUUCUAGAAGGCAUGGCGAACUGUAGUGGAUGGAGCGAAGAGCCAGUCUCCAAGGAAAAACAGCGUCCUCCAAUAUACAAUCCGGAAGACUACGCGACCUCCCUCAAGAAAUGGGGGAAGAAGAGCAGCGGGGCUAGUCUCUACGAUUUGGACAACCAAGAGGCCAACAAGACGAGGACUCUGCCCACUAAUGGCAGUAAAGAUUUUAGAAACCCAUGCCUCGGUUUGGGAGAAGAGAUGACAUUACGCCAGUUCGGAUCGCCGAGUGAACUGCUGACAAAACUCAGGGCAGAUCUAAGAUUGUCCUUUCCAAGUUUCGUUCAAGAGUUCGCAUGCGAGCCGCUAGAUGGCGUAACUCUGCUUCUGGAACUACUGAGGAAUGUCCAGCUCAGCCAAUCAGGUGAGGGCGCGAAGGGCCCGCCAGCUGUGAGGAGGAGACCUUUACUGGAUGAGCUGGCUUGUCUGCAGUGUUUGUGGAGCUGCUGCAGCCGCUACCCUGACUGCGUGAGAAGACUCGUGGCCGGUUCCAACGGAGUCUACACCCUGACUGUCUGCAUCAUGUCUACCGUCAACAAGUCCAGGGUUUUGGCUUUGCAGCUCCUCACGAAAGCCUGUUAUCCACCAGCAAAUGGGCACGGCAUGAUCUCCGAAGCACUCUCCACGCUCCGUCUCCGCUACGGCGAGCCGGUCCGCUUCAGAUUCCUCGUGGGGAUGCUGCAAAGUUCUGGUGGCUCGGGUGACCUUCAGUCCGCUGGGAUGGCGUUCAUAAACGCUUUGCUCAUCAGCGCCCCUACUCCACAAAGGAAGCUGUAUAUACAGGCGGAAUUGGAACAGGCCGGGUUUGACCUCAUAACUCUGAAGAAGAUGAUCGUUAAAAUACCAAACGGCAAUGACCAAGUUACAAAGGAAAUUGAGAGUUAUGAGAAACAACUGAUUGAUAUAGAUACGCUGAGUGAGAAAGCAAACGAGGCUCUGAAGGAAAAGGACGAUCUUCGUCACAAAUUGGAUUUAUUGGAGAAAAGAGUAAAGAUACUGCAAGAGGAGAAGGGAAUAUUACUGUCACUAGAAAAAUGCUUAAAAGAGAAAUGCUGCGAACUGCAAGAGGAAGUGUCUUCGCUUCGAUCCGAACACGGAAAUUCAAAUAGGAAGAAAACAUUUGUUAUCAAGAAAAAAAACUCCACACGUAGAAACAGAGAUGAAUCUUCCCCACCCGAAGACGAGGGUAUCAGUUCUUCAGAAAGAUCACUUAGUCCCGAUGGCGACCUACAACGGGAAUCAAUGGUUUAUGAAGUUUUCAAUGUGAAAAAUGAAACUUUUGAUUUAUUGAGAAACAAACGUAACAUGCAUAAAAAACUUGAAUCCACAAAAAAGUCAGACCUUAAAAAGUCGUCAGAUGAAGAAGAGGAAACUACAAUAGAUGAAGUCAUCCAAGAACUUAGAAAUAUAGUCAAUAAUGCUGAAACAGAACAAUACAAAAAAGGCGAUACUUAUGAUGGCCGAUCAUCGAGAUGCAACCAAACCUCAGAAAUUAAUGUUUCAGUUAAAACUUUGGAAUGUCAGAAGCAUAGAGAGGAAGAUAAAGAUGAUUCCAUCACAAGCACCAGACACAGCAUACAAAUUACAAAUAGCAGCAAUGAAUAUCUCGACCAUGAUCUUGAUGAUGAAGAAGAAAGUAAAAUUAUACCAACCAAAAUCUUACCACAUCCACCAAGAAAAGCCAAAAGCCUAAUUCAUUUGUUCGUCCCACCGACCGAUCAAGGAUUAGUUUACAAACGGCCUGAUUUAUAUGAUGACAACUUUUACUCGAGUGAUGAAGGUUCGGAUUCUUUAUUGAGCGCUUCUCGCUGUGACAAUGAUGGUAAUAAGAAAAAAUCAAGCUCUAGUUUUGAUUUUCAAGAAUGUAGAAAGUUGUUUAAUUCUCUUGCAGAAAAAGAAAAGGAUGACAAUAGAUUGAAGCGUUCCAGGACAAGAUCUCGGGAAGAAUCUAGAAGAACUUCUAUAAAAAGGAGUGAAUCGUUCCAGACUUCGGAAAAGGAAUGCCGACAGCGCGAAUACAUUGAUAGUAUGUUUUACAACGAAUCUCCUACAUCUAAUGGUGGAUCAAAUUUGCAAAGAUCUAAUUCAAAGUGCAGUCGCGUUGAUGAAAUAGUCAAUUUGAUUGAAUCCAAGAAGUUAACCAAAAGUUUGGAUAGAAUCGAUGAAGGACUGAAUUCAAUGGUGGACAUUGUCAUGUUGGCUGAACCUAAGAAAUCAAUGUGGCCUUACGAGAGAAGACAAAGGUCUUGUUCGAGAGCAAAUAGUGAUGCUGGAAAAGAAUCUCCUUUAGUGCCUAUUACUAGAUCAAAUAGCAAGCUAAACAAUUUCACACAGAAAUUUGACUUUAGGUCGAAAGGGAAGGAAGAUAAUAAAACAGACAGUCCAACUCAACAGAAAUUUUACUUGCCUCAUCCAAAACUAAGCACUGGAUCUUACGAUAACCAUGCUUCCUCUUAUACUAACUCGUCUUUUAUUGUCAAACGUGGUCAUAGUAAUGCUGGUUUUUACUCUGGAACUCACAUGUUACGCGACGCUCCCGCAAGUAUGACGAGUCUCGUCAUGAACGGUACCCACAGCCACGCAGAUCUGAAAAGAACUCUCUCUCCUAUAAGUACUUCUAGCAAUUUUGGGCUCCACAAAGUCACUGAUAUGCCGUCUGGUUUAUAUUAAUGAUUUUGCUUGAAUUUUAUAUAAUCAAAACCAACGACUAAUUUUAAGGUUUUUUGUACCUUAUUACUUCGACUAGUGCAAUAUUACUUAUCUCUUAUUAGAAAAUUAGUGUCAUUUUCUACUAUAUCCAGUUUAUGAAAAAGUCUUUCAAAUAGAUCUGUACACAUAUUUUGGAUAGAUUUAAGAAAUUUAUUAAACUUUUUGUAAACUGGUGUAGGAAAUUUUUAAUUAAAUUGAUUUAAGGUCUUAUAAAUUGUUGAUUAUGUAUCUUGGUAAUUUUGUUUGUAAGCAAAAUUGGCUUAAGAUCACGAUUAAGUUUUGAUUGCUGCCAGAUUUUGUUUCUUUUGUAACAUCUUUAUUUGCCUUUAUUUUUCUUUUUCUAUAUUUUUGUCCAUAACUUAUUAACUAGUUACUUUAUAAACUAUAUCAUUAUUAUUUCUGUUUAUUUAUUCUGGUUUAUUAUCACUUCUAAAAGCAAGUUUUGCAUCUAAAUUACUAUGGCAAAUAUCGCUAAAAUAAAUUUAAAAACUAAAUAAAAACAAUUAUAUUUUAUCCAUAAAUUAUCUUACGACUGCACCAUGUUCGCCAGGACAUUUUAACGACAAAUUGUCAUCUAUGUGUUUGUUUUAUAGAUUACUGAUCCCUUUAUUUAUUCUUGUCCCUUUAGGAUCUGGUUUAAUUAUAGCGUUCAUCUUAAGUCUUUUACAUUGUCACAAAAAAUACGUACCAAAGUUCCACUUUUAUCGAUCCAACAAAAUGUUUGCGAAAAGGCACUUUCUUUUUCCCUUCUAUUUUUUAUCAUUAUUAGGUUAUAAAAAAUAUAAAAAAAAUUAUAAAAAAGCAAUCUGAUGCAAUAUAUUUUGGUAAUAUUUUUUUUUCUCUGUAAAUAUAGCACGUAUUCUCUUAGUUUAAACUCUUGCAUAACUCAAUAGUGUUAAA